UAUAGGAGAGACUGCCUGGCUGGCUGGAAGAAAAGACUAUAGGAGAGACUGCCUGGCUGGCUGGAAGAAAAGCCUAUAGGGGAGACUGCCUGGCUGGCUGGAAGAAAAGCCUAUAGGAGAGACUGCCUGUGGCUCAACAAUAGGAUUACAGUACCUAGGGCCUUGUGUGGGGGAACAGUGAGAUUUGACUUGAAGGGAUCCUCGUAGACACACUUUUCCAUAGUUGAUGUAGCUACCGGGGGUGUUUUUCUCUUCUCACUGAGUUGGUGGAGAGAGAGAUACAGACCUCUUCCACUUAACAAUUCCAGUCCUGAAGGGCUGCAGUGAUGCGCUGAAGACCCUGAUAACCAUUUGAUAACAGACCCUGAUAACCAUUUAACUGAUAGUCAACUUCUCUCCCCAGUACUGCUACCCCAGGGAACUAGACACCAGAUGACCUUCCUCGGGCUCUGGAUUUAGACUGGUGUGUGUGUGGACAUGUCAGUUUACACACGUGUGAGGGAGAAGGAAAAACAGCGGAACCAUUUGCUUAGAUGGUUAGAAAAUCAAUGGUGAGAGUCCCUGGACUAACAGGGACCCUUGCUCCACCUGUACUCUGUCUGUGUGACCAGUCAAUGUUGUCCUUGUAUUUGAAAGCUGCCUCAUCAGGCCAUAGACAGACAUGAUACUAAUACCUUGAACUGAUGCCAAUGUGUAAUAUUGCUGCUCUGAAAGUUAUUCAACUGCCAUCAAAUCUAGAAGCUUGUCUUGCAAUUGGUUACUUAUCAGUAAAGUUUGUGCAUUUUUAUUAGCUACAGUAUAUCAUUCAAUGUCAUCAUCAAAUUCAUCAUAUCAUCAGAAUCAUCUUAAUGUUUUAACCCUUAACCCGUAUGCAAAUCCCAAAUCUGUUUAUGCCACCCCCUUUAGCACCCCAGACCCACCCCCUUUAGCAUAGCACCCCAGACCGGUUUGAAGGGACGUCUGUCAGAUUGUACUAAACCAGAAGCCAGCAUCGCUUAACGGAAAGGGGCGCCCAUCGAGUUGUAGCGGCUUUUUUGCAAGACAAUCCAUCGUAGCGUUGAAGUUGAUGCAAGGAAAAAUGAACAUAUAAUAAAAUCCGUGUGGAAUACUGAAACCAAAAACCUUUAGGGGGACGCGCGCUUUUUAAGCACGUCAAUGAUCGUACCUUCCAAACCUUUCCUUUUAACGCACAAAGCUGAAAAAACUCGACACGUUGUAAAAUAAUCACUAGCGUUCAAAAUAUAGACUGUCCACCGCUGGAAAAUUAUACGGUUUUUGAAAUUGCCGUUCUAUUCUUAACCAGUUCAAUACCAAAUAUAGUCAUUGUGUUAAUAUGAAAUGUCCUUGAACGGUGCUCUGGUUUGGGGUAACGUUGCCAAAGUUUAUAAUUAAAAACGCUGAGAUAAGUAAUUUAAUCACUUGCACGUGACACAUUUUAUGUUUGAUUAUACAACCCACGAGCACUAAUUUAGAGUAUAGGGUCCCAGCUAAUUCUGUUUUCUCAAGUUUGCAAGGCUCGUGUCUCCAGAUUGUAUUACCCCUGCAGAGCACGCCGAUGUAAUAGGCUACAUCUCGGCCGUUUUGUUUGAAUGACUGACAACCGAAACCGUUUUUAAUCCUCUGGUUUUUACUACGACUUUUUUAAGCAAAUUUGCACAUACCUCGAUCUGUGUUGACCAUAGAUUUCGCCGCUUAUCUUAUAGAAAACGUUUUUAUAUAAUUGUCCAUUAUAUUUAUAACGCGAAGGAGCCAAAAAAUCUGAUUUUUCAAAAUGAUCAACAACAGUGCAGAUUCAUCCUCAGUACGGAUUUUAUUAUCCACACUUGUUUUGCUGCUCGGUUUGGCUGCGCGAUGCGUCGGGCAGGCCAUGCCGUCCAAAGAGAGCCCUCAAGCGGACCCAGCGUCAUUCAGUCUCCGGUCCCUGGUCACGGGGACCUGCGAAGAUGUCCACAGAUACGUGGAAUCCGUGGUGGGAACCAAUGUGAUCGAGUCGACUGUUGAGGUUUGGAAAAUAAACCAUAUUGAAUGUAGGCCUACUUUAUAGUCGUUAUUUUAGUAAAUCUAAUCAGCACCCAAUCCUGUUUCCUGUUAUUCUAGCAUGUUCAUUAAUCAAUUAACUAUACAUAAUUUAUCAAUUAUCUUAUUUCUAAGGGUGACUUUUGCAACCUUCAAAAGCUUUGCAUAAUUGUGGUUUUCUGUCAACUAAAAUUGUACUCCUUAAAAUCUGACUGCAUUCCUCUGCAUCACUUCCUUCACUCCAUCCCCACCCCCUUUUUCCUUCCCCGACCCCCUUCCCUGCAUCUCCCCCUCUACCCUUGCCUCACUACCUGAUAAUCUCUCCUCUGACCUAAUUUCAUGUCUGCCUAUAUCCAUGCACCCCUCCCCUGCUGCCACUACUCUGUGUGCCCGGCACCCCUACCCCAGAGUGUGCUGUUGUAUUUAGAGUCAGUGCUUGGUCAAGAGAACAUCUAUUCCAUGUUCUUUGAGAUGUUGAGCCGGUUUCUGGCUGAGGGAGCUGCCAGUGGACUGAAUAUCAUCGCUCUUUACGUCACAGAUAUCCUCAGGGUCACAGGAGUUGAUGUCCAGCUGCCGUUCCCUCACUUCACCGCAGAGGGCGUGGCCUCGGCUGGUCAGUGGGCUCUGCUGGCUCUGAUUGGCUACUGGGUGCUGUCCAUCAUCUUGCGCCUGCUGGUGGGUGUGGUGAGGAGGGUGUUCUGGAUGCUGAAGGCGGGCAUGGCGCUGUGGCUCUUUGGCCUGAUCGUCAGUGAUGCCAAGGCUGGUUCAGACACCACAGCCGUCCGGCUAGCAAGCCUGGUGCUGGGGUGUGCCCUGCUGGGGCUGGCCAGCUCUGGAUCAGAAAAGACAGUUCAAGUGGAAGACCGCAUGAGCAUCCUGGAGGGAAGGGUGAAGGUGGUGGAGAGGAGGAAGGGAGAGGAGUGAUGGAAGGA